AUGGAUUCUGACUAUGUCCCCCCACCUCCAGCCUAUUCCGAACAAGAGUUCGAUCGGAAAAUUUCACAAGCAACAACCUUAUCUCUAGCCACGCCAGUUCCCAACGUCGACGCAGAUGGAUGGCAGCGAUACGAUCCUUAUGUGUUCCAAAACACCCCGACGUUGACUUCAGGUGCAACAACUUCGAAUACUCUGAAUGGUUCAGCUUCAUUUUCGCCUUCCAGAAACACUGUCUCUCUAUUUAACGACAAAUCGAGCUCCCAAAGUGACCAAUCUUCUGUCCGGUGUCUUCCUUCUGUUGUGCCGUUACGCAUUGAGAAGAAAACACAGUCACAAUACAGCUCAAAUGUUAAUAGAACCUUCUUAGAUUCUUCGCCCCAUUCCUGUCAUCCUCCCAGCAAGUCGAUUGCUUCUUCUACCAGCAAAGAUCCUUUCCCUCCCAAUGUGCUUUGUGAGGAAAUACCUGCCCAGAAAUUUACCAAUGUACCUGCCCACCCAACACAUUCAUCAUCAUAUGAGCGAACCUCUUAUACGUCAUCUGUCGUUUGUGGCCACCCGCAGGCACAUUCCGUGAACGACGAGGAUGCCUUUGAUCCUUAUCGCGAAUUUCAGAUUCCCCAACCACACCCACCUGCACGGCAAUCCUUACCCUCCAUACCAAGACCACAUAGCGCAGUUCCUCACCCAUCUAGUCACACACGGAGUCGUUCAGAAGCAGUUAAUUCACCCUCUACCCCACGUGUGCAAUUUGAUCCUUUGGUUGCGUAUGGAAAGGCCAAUUUGACACCAAUAACAGCUAUACAAGCAAUACACAGCAGCUUACCAUCUCCAAUCAGAUCAGAUGUACAGUAUGAUGCUUAUUCAUUCUACAACUCUUCUGUUUCCUCGAAAAUGGCUCCAAUACGUCCUUCUCAGGCAGAUAUACAGUACCAUGAAUCAUCAUAUGAACAAGCAAAUCGCCAAGUACCAAAUGCUCAUCAGUUUCACCAAUCUCAACCACCUUCCUGGCAAUCACCAUCAAGGCCUACUUCCCGCUAUCACAAUGUACCCAGUACACCUCGUUCUGUUGCUUCUUCAAACUCGAUUCGGUUUUCUCAGUACUCGACUGGCUCCUCGCGCGACAGUGUCCUCAGCACUCAAAGUGACCCAUACCACCUUCAGUGA